UUGCCUUGUGCAGCUUCCACAAAGUCCAGCACAGGCCCGUCAUCUGAGGCGGUUCACUCAGAGGCGCCUCCUAAAGCUGUAGACAACGGAUCUCCGGCAUCACUUAGAGUUUGUCAGCCAGACACUUCGACUCUGAAACCCAAUGAUUUGAUAGAACGUGGAAGUAACGCUGUUUCGCCCACUUCUUCCAUUCCGUGCUGGUUGCCCUGUCCCACGGCGCUUCUCUUCGUGCCCUCAUCUCCCAACCCUGACAUCGCCUCAACUAGCACUGCUGCCACCAGAAGCACUGUCUCCACGUGGCCGUCUCCUCCACUCGCCUUCUCUCUGCCCUCGCCUCGAGGUGACGGUCAAAAUGUCUCUGCAACACCUACUCACCUUGCUACCCCAGUUGCUGGCACAACCCCGAUCAGGUUUUCACCGGACUGCCAGCUUCUACUGUUGCCUAGUCAACUGUCUCAGGUGACCUCCGACACUCCAACUCCAAAACUUAGCCUCGGCCUUCAUGACAGUCUGCUCGAAUCCCAUUCCGGUGAACUUACUUCGCUCUCCGUGAGCCGGGCUAUCUCUCCCAUUCCCACGAAGGCUGUUGGUGCCGCCAUCUCUCAAGGCCUGCUCAAUACUGCCUCUGGCCUACCUACUCAAGCAUCCAGAAACUGCGUCGGACAGGAAGCCAGCGGCUUGGCCGCGGACAGCGCGGACCCCUCUGAGCGACUCUUGCUAUCACCCCGUCCUAAUCUCACUGAAUUCUGGUUCCCAGGGCUACGUGAAACUCGGCGUUUGAUGCUUCCUCGCACUGGAUCUGGCUGGCAUUGCCCGCCGGGCCUUGAAUAUCUGACCUAUGUCGAUCAGAUUCUUGUACAUCAGCAGAUUGAGUUGAUCGAGGGUGCGUAUAUCUCGCUUAGCCUCGUUUAUCUGAGGUAUCUUUAUGCGAUUGACUGUUGGCUUAUAGGCAACCUUAUAAAGUCAUGUUCGAAACAGACAGAACAAGAAUCGAAUUUUCAAACCAGUAUUUUUGUGCGUAAAGUAGCAUUAGGUGAGGUGGAGAUUUUUAUUCGUACUCUUCUGAGUGACUUGGAAAGCUGUGAAUAG